UGUUGCAUUCAACGCUUCGUUCGCUCUCCAGCCGAAUUCCCAUUUAAACAUUCGAAACGCCAUUUCGUUCGUGUGCGCUGUGCGACUCGUGUUCGUUUCGUUUCGCACGUUCGUUUAUUUUGUUUGGCUUGACUCGGCACGUCGGUUCGUUCGAUUUCGUCGUUUCACCCACACACACACACACACACAGAGAACAGACGCGCGUAUUGGUGUGUAGUGCGUGUGCGUGUAUAUAUUUUACCGGUAAAGCCGAAUACUUAACGUUCCACGCUCAACGUCAUCAAAUUCAUAACGUCAUUUCGUUUUGGUAGCGUGCGCUGUGCGUGUGUAUCUGUAGGAGCUGUUGCUGUCGCUGUCGCUAUCGCUAUAGCAGUCGCUGUAUCUGUAUCUGUGCCCGUAUCUGCGUCUUGGCCAACUAGUCAGCCGGACUUGCGUUCUGUCGCGUUAGUUGUGCCAAUUGGCAAUUGCAUAUAAAAUCAAAUACAUAUAUAGAAAAAAAAUAAUAUUUUGUGCCAGAGAAACCCGCAAAAAUUUCGUCAUCAAAUUUGUGCCGUUGACAGUGCGCGCUAAAAGUAAACACAUAUAAAAUAUAUGCACACAUACAUACACACACACACAAAGCCUGCAGCGGCCAUAAAGUGUUCAGUGCUCUGCUUCAGCUCAGCUAAAGCGACACAUUUAAUGCUUGAAAAGCUAAAGCACAACAACAACAGCAACGGCAAAAAUCACUAAGCUCUUUGCCAAAUACGCGAGAGUGAAAAAAGGCAAAAAACAACAACAACAACAAGAAACCUCAAACAUAAAAAUCAUAAUAAUAAAAAAAGCGCCUUUGCCAGGGCAAAAGUCACAUAAAAUACUUAUAAAAGUGCACACAUAAGGAUUACAGGAGCAGCAAAGAGCAGAAGAAGAAGCACAAGAAGAAUCUGCAACAACAACAAAAUGUCACGGAUCGUUUUUGUAUUUCUGGCAGCCAUCUUAGCAGAUGCGCUCAGCUUUGGCCAGGUGAAUGUGGAGCCCAACACAGCGCUGCUCAACGAGGGCGAUCGCACUGAGUUGCUCUGCCGCUAUGGACGCGCCAUCAACUACUGCCGCAUCGAGAUACCCGGCGAGCAGAAGGUGCUCAAUUUAUCGCCCGUUUGGAGCAAGACGCCAGGAUUUACCUACUACGGCUCCGGCUUGAAUGCCGGCCAGUGCGGCGUUACCAUUGAGCGCGUUAAGGCCAGCAACAAUGGCCAGGUCAAGUGCAGUCUGGGCGUCGAGGGCGAGGAGCUGUCCGGCACCAUAGAUCUGGUUGUGGCACUUCGCCCGCAGCAGCCCAUUAUUGAGCUCAUCUCGAAGCCCAAUCGCGAUGGCUUCUUCUCGGAGUCUACUGAAUUCCAUGCCCGUUGCAGUGUGCGCGAUGGUCGUCCGGCUGCUAACAUUUCCUGGUACAUUGACAACAUGCCCGCCAAUAAGCGCACCAGUCCCCUGCAGGUUGUGGCCACGCCCACCCACGACAAUGUUGAGCUAUCCACCUCGGUGCAGGAAAUCCAAUGGCCAUUGACAGCGGACGAUAGCAAUCGCAAAUUGGUCUGCCGUUCACAUCAUCAAACCGAUCGCGAGAGCGUGCCACCCCAAGAGGCUGCCUAUAUCAUCAAUGUGCGCUAUGCGCCUGUUCAUCAGCCCGAGGCAUCGGUGUACGGUCUCUAUUUGGAGCACACCGCCAUUGUGAAUAUUACGAUUCGUGCCAGCCCGCCGCCGUCUAUUGAGUGGAACAUCGACGGUACCAUUGUGUCGCAGGGCCGGACCGAGGGACGUUAUUCGGCCUAUGAGCCACAGUAUGUCGGCAAUGAUGAGUACAAUGUGACCCUGGCGAUUGCCGGCCUCACACUGGAGGACACGACCAAAACGUAUAAUCUGCGCGCCAGCAAUGAGCUGGGCACCACCGACUAUCAUGUGCGCAUCAGUUCGUCGAGCAAGCCGCCCAGCAGCAGCUUGGAUGUGGCUGCCAUUGUGGGCAUCGUUGUGGCCGUUGCUGUUCUUGUCCUGAUUGUGCUGCUCAUACUGUUUGCGCGCGCCACCGGCAGAUGGUGCUUUGGCGGUAAAUCGAUCAAGACGCCCACUAACGAAACCGAGAAGCAGCUCGACUCCGGCGAGGCAGCGUAUCAUGGCCAAAAUGUGGCGCUGCUGGAGACGCCCAAUGGCAUCACGCUUCUAGGCGCCAGUAAAACGCGCGAGGCGAAUGGGAACGGCACUGGCAAUGGCCAUGGGCAUAAUCACGAGCGGUUCUCGGUGGAGCGACGCGUGCACGAUGAAGAUGAUUCAUUUGAAUAUGGCACGGAUCGCGAGAGCAGCGUCUAUAAUCCCACCACAAAGCCGCUGCGUAAUGUGCUAAUGGGCCAGGCGGGCGGACGCAACACGCAGGCGAGCAGAAGCGAGCCGGAGGCACCGACAGCCGACAGCGAUACGGACACGGAUCUGCUGCAGCGCGGCAAUCAGUUGGGCAUACCCGAGUCACGUUUCUCACGCUGGCUGCCCAAGGAUCAGCGCGAGCUGCUCGAGAAGCAGGCUAAGCUGCUGUCAGGACGCAGUCAGGCACUGGCGAAGGCAGCACCGCCAGCAACGCCCCCAAAACCAAACAAAAGUUCACCAACAACACAGACGACAACGCCGACAACACCAAAGCUGCCACAGGAAACGGAAAUUUAAAUGUGUGUGUGUUUGUGUGUAAACAUGUGUUUAGUUAGGUGCAGGAAAUGCCACAAAAUUGAAGUCUAGAAUUUCUAAUUUAUUUAGUUCAGAAUGUCGUUACAUAGCAGCGAGCUAUGCAGCUCGACAAGCAAAGCGAGACUCAUGACAGCUUCAUUCACACACACACACACACACUUACACAUAUACGAAAUCUUGACAUAGUUGAGAAUUUUUACCAAAACAGCAUGAAAUUUAGACAUGAAAUUAAGAAUUUUUCGAAUAUGUAUGUAAUUAAUAGAGUUGUUGCAUGGCCAAGUCUGAGCGUCAAAAAGCUAAAUGUUAUGUUACUCAAACGACAACAAAAAGUUGAAGAAAAGCAAAAAAGAUUUUGUUCUUUUUUUUUUGUUUUUAACUUUUCUCAAGUAUUUAUUUGGAACAAAGUUUAAGCUGUGCCCACUGUACUUUAUAUAUAUUAUUUUUUUCACUUCCUUAAGAGCCGCAACAUAUUUUCCUUUAUUGCAAUUGUAUUAAUUUGUUCUAAUUACAACAUUUAACCUAAGUUGAACAAGUAGUUAA